AUGUUUAAAAAUUUGAGUUCAGUUUGUCGUGCUACUCGUUUGCCAACCAGUAGAUUGGUUACCAGAUCCACUCCAUUUUUGGCUAGAUCUUACGCUGCCUUUGAUAGAAGUAAACCACAUGUCAACAUUGGUACCAUUGGUCACGUCGAUCAUGGUAAAACCACUUUGACUGCUGCCAUUACUAAAGUCUUGGCUGAUAAAGGUCAAGCUAACUUCUUAGAUUACGGUUCUAUUGAUAGAGCUCCAGAAGAAAGAGCCAGAGGUAUCACCAUCUCUACUGCCCACGUUGAAUAUGAAACCGAAAAAAGACAUUACGCCCAUGUUGAGUAUGUAUACUUUUUUUUGUUGUGUAAUUGUUUUAAAGAUUUUCUUUAA